AAUCACAUGAAUCAAAUGAAUCAAAUUCAGAAAUAUCUGAUGAUAACUUAGAACCUGAAGUUACACCUGUUUUAUGUGGAAAUCAACGAGGUCGAUGUCGGCCAAGAUUAACCAGAACCAAUCAAAGUACAAGCAAUAGUCGUGGUAAUUGUGGUAAAUAUGAUAAUAUUGAAAAUUCAGUAAUUGUCAACUAUUGGAGGAAGACAGGAAUUCUGGCAUCAGUUUCCCAUGAAGAAAUAGAAGUCGCUACUAAUAGUCAGAAUACAUUGUUAGAACAGCAAGAACAGGACAUCGACAUGUUGGUGAUAGAUUUAACCUUUCAAGAUCCAAAUCCAGAAAUAAAAGACCAACUAAACAUAUACCUAAAUCUCAAUGAUUUGCAUAUAACAACUAAGGAGAGGCUUGAAGAUUCAGAAAUUAUCAAAAUUGUUUUGGAUGAAGCAAAUCAGUGUAAAAAUAGAGAUCCUGAUGACUCGGACGAAGAACAACCAGAAAUUCCUAUUUCAGAGAGGCUAAUGAGCUUAAAUAAGUUUAUUAGUUUCUUUGAACAAUAG